CGUAUCUGUCAAAAAAAAGUGAAAUUGUCACCUGCACUAUCACCUGUAAUAUUUAUUUAACGAUUUGUUAAGUUUGUCAACUUCCAAUAUUUCCGAUAAAAACAUUCAUGCUUGAAUUCAAACUUUUCAUUUGAUUGAAAACGUAUAUAUUUUCAUCAAAAUGAUGCAAUUUAUGCUGCUGUUUAGUCGGCAAGGGAAGUUACGUUUACAAAAAUGGUACGUGGCACACCCUGACAAACUGAAGAAGAAAAUUACUAGGGAAUUGAUCACCACCAUACUUGCUCGAAAACCAAAGAUGUGUAGUUUUCUUGAAUGGAAAGACUUGAAGAUUGUCUAUAAAAGGUAUGCAAGUUUAUAUUUCUGCUGUGCUAUUGAACAAGAUGAUAAUGAAUUACUUACUUUGGAGGUGAUCCAUCGUUAUGUAGAGUUAUUGGAUAAAUACUUCGGUAGUGUUUGUGAGUUGGAUAUUAUUUUCAAUUUUGAAAAAGCUUAUUUCAUCUUGGAUGAAUUACUCCUUGGAGGGGAAAUUCAAGAAACAAGCAAAAAGAUUGUAUUGAAAGCUAUUGCUGCUCAGGAUCUUUUACAAGAGGGGACUAAUGCUUUUAUGUAUCAUAUAUCUUAUUAAACUGGGGAGGAAACACCACAAGGCUUCUUUGAUGACCAUGGACUGGGAUAAAUUCUAUGGGAAAGUGACAUCAUUGUCUUUUUUCUUACAGGGUUUAAAAUGUUCAUGAUGAAAGCAUUCUCCAAUAGUUUAGUAGAUUACAUAAACAAAAUUAAGCCCUUUCUCUUUUCUAACUCUGUAUUCAACAAUUUCAACUUUUAGCACUAUUUUUUUGGUUUUGUUUCAAGGUAAUAUUACUACACAUUUCAUUGAAUCGUACGAAUAACUUAGAUAAUACACAAGCUACUAUGGGGGCUAUUUUAUCCAUAGAUGUUGAUAUAGAUUUUAUCACUCUACUAAGACCAAAAUACUACGAACUUCUCUAUUUUUCUACCUUCCUAAUUGAACUUUUCUCUACAAGAAAAAGAAUUUUAUAUACAAUAUAGCACACUGGAUUUUCAUGUAUUAUAAUUGUAUUUUUCUCACUUGCUCACUAUUAAGAAUUUCAAGAAACACAUUUUAGCAUGACACCCUUUUCGGGAAUCGAUAUGUGCUUGAGUAAUUAUUAGAAGUGUUUCUGAAUAUUAGUUAACGAACAGUAUUAGUAAACGAUGUGUGCAAUAAUUUUAGGUGUCUUUUCUCUACUUUAUCAUUUUGUAUUACUUGACAAUCUACUUACUUGUUAUAUUGUUCAAUGAAACUAUUAUAUUAUC